AUGGAUGCGAAAACAAACUUGAUAAUUGAAUUUAGCCUUGUUCAAGUGACAGAGGUAACAUCGUCUAAUGCAAUGGAAUAUGAAGGCUGUAAGAGAACACUAAAUUCAAUUAUCAAGAAGAUUCCAAUCCGAUGUCUUACAACAGAUCAUCACACAACAAUCACAGUGAAGAUGAGGACAAACUAUUCAAACAUUGUUCACCAGUAUGAUGUGUGGCAUCUUUGCAAGUGGGUGACCAAAAAGCUGUCAAAGAAGGCAAAAAAAGAAAGAUUGUCAAGAGUUACUGCCAUGGUUUCCAACCAUUUAUGGUGGUGGUCUGGAACAUGUGAGCAGAAUGCAGAUAUCCUAAGGGAUUGGUUGUCCUUGUUGCAUCACAUCACUGGUGAACACUGUUGGAGGGCCUCCAAGGAAUUUAAAUUAGUAAAAAAAUGUGGCCACCCUAGAACAAGUAGAAAAGACCAAAAAGAGAUUGUAUAG